AUGCCCCCUUCAACCAACGUUCCUCCGAUCGGCUCACCUGGUGCAGCUAGUGAUGCCAGCUAUGAGUCGAUUCAAACCGAUGAGGAAGAGAAACCAAGUGACUAUGAUAAGGGUGGUUAUCAUCCCGUCACUAUCGGCGAAACGUUUUGCGAGGGUCGAUAUCUGAUUGUACGGAAGCUUGGCUGGGGUCACUUUAGUACAGUCUGGCUGGCUCAAGAUACUCAUCUCAAUCGUCACGUCGCCCUCAAAGUCGUAAAAUCGGCCCACCAUUACACCGAGACUGCCGAAGACGAGAUCCGACUUCUACAACGUGUCGUGACUGCGAGCCCUAAUCAUCCCGGUCGCCGUCAUGUGGUAUCUUUAUUGGAUUCGUUCCGUCAUCGUGGUCCGAAUGGCUCACACGUUUGCAUGGUUUUUGAAGUUUUGGGUGAAAACUUGCUCGGUCUCAUCAAGCGAUACCAGUAUAGGGGUGUUCCUGAACACAUCGUUAGGCAGAUAUCUAAACAAGUAUUGCUCGGCCUGGAUUAUCUUCAUCGGGAAUGUGGCAUCAUACACACCGAUCUCAAGCCGGAAAACGUUUUGAUCUGCAUUGAAGAUGUCGAGAGCGUCGUCCGGGCCGAAUUAGAAACCUGUCCAGCAGCCGUGCCCACCAAACUAGUCGGUGUACCCCCAAGCCAAGGUCGUGGCGGUGCCCAAACCCCUCGCAAUGGGAUCUUCAUCACCGGCUCGCAGCCAUUACCAAGCCCAUCGGGUAGUUUCGGAACCAGUCCGGUGAUUGAAAAACUAGCAUUUCAGAUGAGCAAGAUAUCCGAUGGGGCAUCCAACGAGCAAUCAACCAGUGAAUCUAACACAAACAAGCCCGGAUCAACCGAAAACAGCAACUCAUCAUCGUUUCCUAAAGUCAACCCUGAGUCAUCCUCCCAACGCCCCGGCCCAUCAUUACUCUCCCAAACCGCACCGAAUUCUCAACAAAAGCCGAAUGGAAUCCUUCCAAACGAGCGUAGCUCGAAUCCUUCCAAUAACUCUCAAACAUGUCCGCCGCACGACUAUGCCAACCUCUCCCAAACGCCCGCCAAUCAAUCACCCACAAUAUCACCUAUGCCUACUGGCACUGGCCGAACCGGAGGGGCGGACUGCGCACGGCCCGCCGGCGAAAGCGCCGAUCGAACCCCCCUACCGCCCGAGGCCCCAUACGACCCCCGCAGUCUCGAACGGAUCACCGUGAAAAUUGCUGACUUGGGAAACGCCAGCUGGACCAACAAUCAUUUCACCGACGAUAUUCAAACCAGACAGUAUCGGAGUCCGGAAGCCAUCCUUGGCUGCAAAUGGGGCACGCCGGUAGAUAUCUGGAGUGCUAGCUGCAUGAUAUUCGAACUCCUGACGGGGGAUUAUCUAUUCAACCCUGAUGCAGUAGCCAAAAGGUACACAAAAGACGAUGACCAUAUCGCUCAGAUCAUUGAGCUCGUGGGCCCCUUUCCUACACCUGUGGCGCUCUCUGGGAAAUUCAGCUAUGAGAUUUUCAACCGGAAAGGCGAGCUGCGACAUAUUCAUAAACUGAAACAUUGGCCGUUGGAAGCCGUUCUGAAGGAGAAGUACUGUCUAGACAAGCAAGCAGCGAUCGAUCUGACGAGCUUCCUGGAGCCGAUGUUGAACGCGGUACCAGAUAAGCGGGCGACGGCCGAGCGGAUGCUGAAGCAUCCCUGGCUAGACGGUGUGGUGGUGAUGGGCGAGCUAGAAGCGGCGGCGGCGAGCGAGCAAAAAAAGAAAAGUCUUGAAGGGACGUCGAAGGCAGCAGAUGACGGGGGAGGAUCCGAGCGGCCGUCGCAGUCCGCCCCGUCAUCCUCGCCGCGGGCGCUCGACUACUCGCGCACCUCAUCCGUCUCCACCCGCCGAACCUCGACCGCCGGCAGCAGCAGCAAGCUCAAGCUCACCGGCAGCACCGGUGCAGGACCCGCCAAGGGCACCCCCCUCGGAAAGGCCCCUGCAGCCGUCGCCGUCAGCACCGCCGACUCGGCGACCAGGAACGUCGAUGGAUCCCAGGCCCCCAGGAGCGUCUCCGGAAGCCACAGUCGAUUGAAGGCCGGCUCACCGACAACCGUCCUUGUUGGAUAA